GCAACGUGAAGAAAGUGCCAUAACCUGAGAUCUCUACAGGUGUGGGUCUAACCAGAAGAGUUUUCGACACUGUGCAGCCAGUCGCUUUCCAAACAUCCCUAAGACACAUCUAAAGAGGGCAGUUGACAGUUUAAAUGCAGUUUUCUGCACAAUGGAUGACAUAUCAAAUGAGCAAGCACUGGAUGUAGUUCCCCACCUACUGGAACAACUUUCCUUCAAAGAGAGACCUGACAUCUGUGAAGCAGUGCUACAAACACUGUAUGUGAUAACACAGAAAACAAAAGGCACAAAGGACUGGCACUUCAACUUUUUGGAGAAGUUAUGCAAAACCGUUGCUCCUUUUGUAAAGGAACCACAGUCCACAAAUAUCAGAGUCUACACAUACGGCAUAUUUGGAAACCUGCUGUCAGCUGAACAAGCAGCUAACAUUUUUACAUCAGUAGGCAUGACUUCAGUGCCUGAAGACAUACUGACAUCUGUGGAAAUGGAGAUGAAUGACAAGCUGAAAGAAGUGCUGAGACAUCUCAAAAAUUAUUUGCGCAAACCAAACUCAGAAUGUGAAGGAAAUACAGCCUCACAUGGAGCUGGAAAAAAGAAGAAAAAGAAGAAGAAAAAGAAGGAAAAGCCAGAAAGGCAAGAAGAACCAAAUGAUCUAGUUUGCACUACAGAAACCAAUCCAACAACAGCAGUUCCUGUUGUGGAAUCAGCUUCAGAUUUAAAGCCUUUUGACCACGCUAAUGAAAAAUCAACAAAACAAAACUGGCUUUCAAUCAGCAAGAGGUGGAAGCAGAAACUGGAGAAACUCAUUGGCACAGAUGAAAAUAAAAUAUCCAGAAUCAGAAGCAUUAUGUAUGUGAAUGAUGCAGAAUUCCGUAUAGCAAAGGGAAGCGAUGGCACUGAAGUCUUCUUGGGGCUGAGAGAUGACGGCACAGAAGUCGCCAUUAAGAGAAUGCUUAAAAGCAACUAUGAAGUGCUGAAGAAUGAGGAAGUAAUUCUACGACAUCCAGAGCUCGAUCGUCCUUAUAUUGUACGAUAUGUUGAUGCUGCGGAGGACGAGAACUUUGGAUAUCUUUGUCUGCAACUUUGUGAAUACACCUUGGAAGAAUAUAUCAGAAAUAAUGACUGUGACCCACUGAUGUUAAAGAAACUUGUCAAACAAGUUCUUGAAAGUCUGAAGGUGCUUCACUGUGGAAAUCCUAAAAUUCUCCACCGAGAUCUGAAACCACAGAAUGUUUUGAUUGAUGUUACUGGGAGGGCAAGAUUAUCUGAUUUUGGCAUAAGCAGACGUUUACUCAAAGGCCAAACAACUUUACGUACAGGCAGUGCAGGAACCAAAUGCUGGAGGGCCCGAGAGACUUUGGCAGAAGAAUCUGUGAUAUCAUCCAAGUCAAGCAGUGAUAUACAGGUGGCAGGCAUGCUGAUUUAUUAUAUCCUUUCUGGAGGCCAUCAUCCAUUUGGUGACAGAUCCUUUGAAUGCGAGUCCAACAUUUACUACGGGAAGUACAGUUUGGAUCAUGUUCAAGAUGUGGUGGCAAAGGAUCUCAUCGAGUGGAUGAUCAACAACGAACCAAAGGACAGACCCAAAGUAGAAGAGUGCUUAAGCCAUUCCUUCUUCUGGACUUCUGAAAAGCAAUUUGAAUACUUGAGAAAGAUCGGUAACAGAGAGGAGGCAGCAAACUGUCGAAGGGCUGAAGAGGAGCUGAUUGGUUCACUAGAAACAUGUGCUGUGGAUGGAUCCUUCAAACAAUGGAAAAAUAAGUUUCCACAAGAGCUGGUUCAGAAGAUGGAUGGCAAAAAAAAGGCCUACCCUGAAAACAUGCUGGGAUUAUUGCGCUUUAUACGCAAUCUCCAUGAGCAUUAUUCCAAGGAUGCAGCCCAGAUUGAUGUACUGGCAUUAUUUCCUGAUCUCUUUGGAUGUAUUUACAAAUUUGCCAAGACACAAGGCUGGAAUUCAGAGACACCCUUGAAGGAAAUGUUUCGAAGAGAAGACAGAGAAGAUAUUAGUACUGCCAUUGCGAUGCUGUCUGCAAUCACUGAGGAGCCUCUGGGUGUCCCAGUUCAAGAGUCUCAACACAGUGACUUGGAACAAUAAGACAGAACAAUUUCAUAAAGGACUGUAGAGUAGGGUCUGACCAAAUUUUUAAGACUGAUACCAAUACUGAUAUUUGGUGAUUUUAAAAAUCCAGUAUAAUGCCUAAUAUAUUUUUCCUUUCAGGCACACAAAACAUAAACAGGUUUUCCUGUUGAAAAAAUGAAGCCAAUGGAAAUGCUUAAAAAACUGCAUUCUAUCUUAGGGCCACCAGAUGGCAAUAGCUGUGUUUGUUGGUAAAAUGAGCAAGCGGCUUCACAGUCAGACCCACUCAGAUACCGAUAUAUCGCCAAAUGGCUAAUGUGAGCCGAUAUCAGUGGCGGAUCUAGGAUUUUUCUGAGUAAGGGGCCAUCAAGGGGCCACAGUAUUCAUAGAGGAGCCAAGUAUUUGUGGUAGAUGUGGUGAUAUACAGACCAAUAAAAAUUAAAGCC